CAACAUCGCCGAUUGUGUCGCUGUCGAUUUGGUCACCCAAUCUUCUCUAUAUAAACUCCAACAAUUACUCUACUCUACUAGGUUUCUUCAUUUUCUUCUUCCUUUCUUUCUUCUUCACUCUGUCAUUCUCUUUGAUUCUGAAUAAUCUAAAGCGUUGCCCAUUCAAUGUGAUUGAUUCCCAUCAUUUGUCUGCUGCUGGCCUGCUGGCCUUCUCUUGACCAUAAGUUGGUUGUGAUUUCUUUUUCAGAGCAGUAGGAUGGCAUUUUAACUUUGAGUUGUAAUUAAUUUUCAACACAUCCUGUAACUUCAAAAUUUGUCAUUGACUAAUACUCUGCCAAUUCCAUGUAUCUAUUUCUGUAAAACAAGCAGAAGCAAUCCUUAUGUAUGUAUUUUCUGUAAAUGAUCAAGCUUUAUGUAUUUACUUUUAACAUAGAAGCUCAUCUUUUGAUAUUAUUGGUGUGCACGGUAGCAUUAUUAUAAUUCAGACUUCAUUUCAUAAUGUACAUCUAGACUCUUCUUUUGGAUUUUGUGAAUACUUUGCAGAUGCCAUUUGGCCAUAUUCAGCAAAGAAGAGAAAGCAUUUGAAAAUACACGUGCUCUUUGCUUGCAUAUUUUCUUUUGGGGGAAUUUUGCUACAUCAUCUACAUGGAAAACUUGGAACAAUUGGAAGCUUUGUGCGAGAGGCUUUACAACUCACAAGACUCUGCUGAGCGAGCUUAUGCUGAGAACACCUUGAAAUGCUUCUCCCAGGAUACCAGCUGCAUCCCACAGUUGGAAUACAUACUUGAGAAUGCAAGAAAUCCAUAUGCAGUUUUAUUUGCUAGCUCAAGCUUGCUGAAGCACAUCACUCAAAAUAUACUUCCUUUGCAGCUACAGCUUCAAAUUCGCAACCAUGUUGUAAACUAUCUGGCUUCUAGAAGUGCCAACUUGGAGCAUUUUGUAGCGACUUCGUUGAUUCAACUUGUUUGUCGAGUUUCAAAACUUGGUUGGUUUGUUGAUGAUAAAUUCCAGGAGCUCAUUAGUGAUUCUGUGAACUUUAUGAAUCAGCAAGAAGCCGCUCAUUAUGCUAUGGGUUUGAAGGUAUUGAAUCAGCUUGUGAGUGAGAUGAAUCGGCCAACUCCAGGGUUACCCCUGCUGCAACAUCGGAGGGUGGUAAGCAAGUUCAAAGAUCAGGCGCUACGGCAAAUUUACGGAAUCUCCCUUACAUCAUUGCAUGGACUUAAAAGUGAUGUUCAACAGAAAUUGCAGGAGCUGGCUCUUUCACUUUCUCUACAAUGUUUAUCUUUUGAUUUUAUGGGAUCAUCAAUUGAUGAAAGCUCAGAGGAAAGUUGUAUAAUUGAGGCUCCGAUCUCCUGGAGAUCAGUCCUUGAGGAACCCUCAACAGUACAAAUAUAUUAUGACUAUUAUGCAGUCACCAAUCCUCCUCUUUCAAAAUUAGCUUUGGAGUGUUUGGGGCGAUUGACUUUAGUUAAAAGAUCCUUGUUUACGAGCGGUACCACACGUAAGCAGUUUUUGACUUCAUUGAUGAUGGGCUCAAAGGAUAUUCUUGAAACAGGGAAAGGUCUUAAUCAUCAUGAUAAUUACCAUGAGCUUUGCCGUUUCCUUGGGCGUUUUAAAGUGAAUUUUCAGUUAUCAGAGGUCGUGAGUGUGGAGUUCUACAACUCAUGGAUAGGCCUAAUAUCAGAUUUCACAUUGAAGUCUCUGCAGUCUUGGAAGUGGACAAGCAGCAGUAUUUAUUAUCUUCUAGAGCUGUGGUCCAGAAUGGUGACAUCUUUACCAUAUGUGAAGGAUAAGUCUACAAACUACCGCUUAGAUGAGUUUGUGCCCAAGAUUUUGGAAGGAUUUGUAUCUUCACGUUUUGAUUCAGUACAGGCUGGGUUCUCAGACGAUCUUUUAGAAGGUCCUCUUGAUAAGGCUGAGCUAAUGCAGGAUCAGCUCAAAUUCUUUCCAUAUCUUUUCAGAUUUCAGUGUGAGAGCUGCAGUACCUAUUUGAUAAAUGCUAUGGACCCUCUCUUACAAGAAUAUAUGGAUGGUACAAAACUACAGGAGUAUGUAAGUAGUAGCAAUGUUGUAUUAACGGAGACCAAACUUGCAUGGAUGGUGCAUAUAGUGGGUGCCAUACUGAGUGUAAAGCAAUAUACCGGUUGUACUUCAAAUGAAGUGAUUGAUGCAGAUCUUUCAGCACGUGUUUUGCAGUUGAUAAAUUUCAUGGACACUGGAUCAUAUGUCCAGAGAUACGGUGAACUCAGCAGGCAGAGGCUUGAACUUGCAGUCCUUAGUUUCUUUGAAAACUUUAGGAAGAGUUACGUAGGAGACCAAGCAUUGCAUGCUUCGAAGCAGCUGUAUGUUCGGUUGUCUGAACUUCUUAGACUACAUGAUCACCUGUUGAUUUUGGAUGUCAUGGUCCGGAAAAUCGCCAAUAAUCUGAAGUUUUGUUCAGAGAGUGAGGAGGUUUUGGAUCAAACAUUAGCUCUGUUCUCGGAGAUGACAUCUGGGUUAAUGACGGGAAAACUUCUUUUAAAGCUGGAUUCUAUUCAUUAUAUAACAGAAAAUCACAAUCGAGAGCAUUUUCUUUUCCUAAAAGAUUACAGUUCUCGUAGAAGAACCACUUUUUAUUUCACUGUUGGUUCAUUGAUGUUCAUGGAAGAUAACAUUGUCAAGUUUAAGCAAGCAAUUGAUCCUUUACAACAGGUUUUUGUCAACCUUGAGUCCAUUCCUGACCCGUUAUUUCGGGAUGAGACUGUAAAAUGUGCUAUAGCUGGGCUGAUGCGGGAUCUAAGAGGAAUUGCAAUGGCCAUACACAGUCGCAAGGCAUAUGGGUUUCUUUUUGAUUGGUUAUAUCCAGCACAUAUGCCUCUUCUUUUGAAAGCUAUUGCUACUUGGAUCGAUAGUCCAGAGGUGACAACUCCAUUGCUGAAAUUCUAUGCAGAGCUAGUUCUAAAUAAAGCCCAGCGCUUAACGUUUGACCAAUCCUCUCCUAAUGGCAUACUGCUUUUCUGGGAAGUUAGCAAGUUGCUUGUUGCUUAUGGGUCUAGAAUUCUUGCUCUUUCUGGUCCAAAAGAUGUCUAUAGGUCCAAAUACAAAGGAAUUUGGGUUUCUCUUUCCAUUUUAACAAGAGCAAUUGGCGGCAACUAUGUCAAUUUUGGUGUGUUUGAGUUAUAUGGUGACAAAGCCCUUGAUGAUGCUCUUGAUAUCGCUUUCAAGAUGAUUCUCUCAAUCCCUGCUGUUGAUCUAUUAGCAUAUAGAAAGGUCUCCAGGGCUUACUUCAGUUUUAUAGAUAUUUUUUUCAGCAAGCUUAUAAAAUUUUCUUGUAACCUGGAUGGAACUACUUUCAAGUGCAUUGUCACAUCCCUCCAUUCUGGCAUAAAAAAUAUAGAAUCAAACAUUGUUUCGCAGUGUGCUUCUGCAAUUGAUAAUUUGGCAACCUUCUAUUUUGAUCAUAUUAUGAUGGGAGAAUCGCCUGCUUCACCAGCUCUACUUAGUUUUGCUAAGCAUAUUUCAGAUUGUGCUGAUAUCUUUCUAGAUAUAUUGAAGACUAUGUUUGAGAUAGUUUUAUACGAAGACAAUAGCUCCCAAUGGGGUCUUAGCAGAGCAAUUCUGAGUUUGAUUCUCAUAAGUGAAGAAAUGUACACAAAAUUCAAAACUGAAAUAGUGGCAUCACAGCCUGUGGAUCAACAGCAACGCCUUUUUCACUGCUUUGAUAUUCUUAUGGAAGGUGUUACUCUUGAUUUAGAAUCGGCUAACAGGGACAGGUUUACUCGAAAUCUUGGCAAGUUCAGGAAAGAAUUUCGUGAAAAAUGACUUUUUAAUCUCUCAAAUAUGUCCAAAGCAGUUAACGGAUGAACUCGUAGUGACAUGUAGAUAGUUGUGCUAGCCUAUAAAACUGUAUAUUCUUGUUUUUCUACAAUUCUUUUCUGUAAAUGCCUGUUAAUGGCAUCUGUUAUUUGAGAUAUGUUACACAGCCAUAAGUUCAAAUAUGAACUCUGAAGAGCAAUUCUUACAGGAGGGGAAUCCUUUCCCUUGAAAAAUUUUGAUAUAAAUGGUAAGUUUUUUGGAAAGAUCA